AUGUGCAAUGAUAAGGUUCUGUUUGAGCAUCAAGGUGGUGCACAUCAACAGAAUAUAGGAAUGGAAGUUGUAAUGUACAAUGGGAAUUCUAGUUUUGAUUCUCCUUGUAUAUUAACACCUGGUUGGAUAAAGCAAGCUGAUGAAAUAGAAAGAAACAACUCUAAAAAGAGUAUUAUGUUUAAUAACGAUUGUCCAUCGUUUGAAGCUAGACUGAAUGAAUGUGCACAUGAGAUGACAACUUCGAAACAGAAUGAAGGUAAAGAUGAUGCAAUUGUUGAACAGGAUUGUCCUAAAAGGACAAAGAGAAAUGUUGAAGCUGUAGUAGGGAUUAAAAUGAGAGAAAAAAGAGAAAUGAAGAAUGGACCUACAUUGAAGUCUCCUUUUGUACAAAGAGUUGUGAACUUGAAAGAUUCAGUUGAGCAAAAAGAAAUUCUGGUUGCACAAGCUAUUAUUGGAUUAGGAAUGGAUAAAAGGUGUAGUUGA